AUGACGGAGGUGCAGCAGGUGAAUCCCGACAGAGGGGUAGAAACAAGAGUAUCUACCUCGCGAAUCCGGAAGCAGCAUCGUGGCGCAAUUAUCGAGCGGUCGGAGGUUGGACAUCAAAUGAGUGCCGCUGCAGGUGAUGGAGCGAUUUGGCCUAUGUCGAGUGAGCAUUUAGAACGCGUGCCACCGUCAAACCAAACGUUUCUAAACCGUGACGAAGUGCGAGCCGACACACCGACUGUUAAGUCGGCUGCGUGCCACUUACCUACAAAGUCCGGAAUCAACGUCAUAGGCGAGCCUCCGAGCUCAUACAACUUCGAUCGUUCAAUUUUCUCUGAAUCGACUCUGAGCAACGCUCGAUUCCACACGCUUCUUCUGCUAUCCUCCCCCUUCUUCUCGACCGCAGACAUUAUUCAGCAAAUGGGAAAGCUCAUUUGGCAUGAUUUAAGUCGCAACAUCUCCCUUACAGCAAGCCUUUAUGCAGUAUGGGCUGGUCUCUGGGGGAUUUUCUUCCGCAAGUUCUUCUGGGAUUUCAUCGGUGGCAUCCUGCGUACUCCUGGCGGCCUGCAACCAUCACCUAAGGCCGCAAUCUUCAUCACAGUUAUCGUCAGAUUCCCUAUCCUGCAGAUAAUCACAAUGAUCCUUGGAUUUAUCAUGGUCGCGCUGGAGUAUCCUGUGCCCAUCCUCAAGGGAACUGCUCUCCAUAGGAGCUUCGGUCUCAGAGUAGUGUUACUGACAAUGCAAGCAUCCGUUACGGUGUUUUUCUACCAACUCACAGUCAUGAAGGCCUCUGAUAUCAUAUCUGCUGUCCCCGGUCGUUUCGAAGCUGCGAAAUCUUCAGAGGAUUUAUUUUUCUUCCCAUCGGAAGUGAGCAAGUACGAGGAGAUCGGGGUAGAGUGGGAGAUUCGCCUAUGUACCGCGCUUCAAAAGAAACCGCUCGCGCCCGUACCUGCUGGAGAAGCAGAAGUUGCACAAUCUGAUGUGCCAGGCGAGGCUUCCAAGAAAUCUGAUCCCUUUACACCUCCAUAUGUCCCCAACCUUUACGUCGGUGAUUUACGUGACGUAUCAUCCGGGACGGACUAUGCGAUCCUGCUUAAGUGCAUCCAGCUGAACAAGUUCUCGGCUGUUCCCCAUCAUUUCCUUCUUGUGACCAAAGAAUUUCUACCGCAAACCUCACCGCUGCUGCCGCAUGAUCUGGUCCAAACUUAUCUGCUGCUUCUUGCGGCCCGAAAAGCGCGUAAAAAUUAUUUCGCUUUCUACAAUUCAUUCAUCAAAGGCGGGUCGAAUAGUGGAGCAAGUCAACAUCACAAACAUAUCCAGUUCAUUGAAGCUGAGGAUGACGGACCUCCAAUCGAAAGAUUAGCCAGAGCAGCAAACCUUGAAGUCUCAGGCAAACCCUUUUCGCUGACAUCCAUGCCAUACGCGAACCACGUAUAUCGGCUUCCGAAUCUGUCGAAUGGUGCGUCACCUGAGCAGCUCGAACAAGUAUUAUUCCUUCCCUUCCUAUCCCUCCUGGAUCUUGUGAUUUCGACCGUGCGACAUGCUCCGGAUUAUCCGUCUGGUACCCCAUCCUAUAAUGUGAUUCUUACCUUGGAACACAUGCACUUAAUCCCGCGACGCUGGAAUACCUAUACCCUGGGAGAUACGGGGGCGAUAUUGGGCGUGAACUCACUUGGGUUUGCUGGAAUGCUAAUGGUGAAGAGCCAGUCCGAACGCGAGGCAUUAGAACAAGAGAAGAUCGGAAAGGUACUUAGAGGCGUCGGGGUGGAAAGCGUCCAUGAAUUGCAAGUUGCUGGUACAUCGAUGGAGGCAAUGGAUGAGACAGGCACUUGA